AUGGUCUGGCUGGAUGCAGGGUUGCCGCGAAGCCCGGCACUGCGCCCGAGGUGGGACGCUACCAAUACCAACACAUCAUCAAGCGGCAACGAACUGAGACAUGCGCCAAUUUGGGAGCGAGCGUCAGCGAGUCGCGCCGUCGGCACCACGCACCGUGAUGUGGCAAAGGCUCACGGCUGCGACGGCGCGUCCGCAACCCCGACUCCCGGGCCUGGCGAGACCGGAGCCAGCGCCACGCUUGCCCGCUCAGCCACUAGGGCCUCUGCAAGCUCCGCUAUCUCAACGGCAACGGACGAAUCGGUCAAGACUCUCAACACACUUGCCAACAUCAUCAGCCGUGACCUCCACAGCCUUGACGCGCUUGCCAAGGAACUCAAGACGUGGGCUGAGCAGAUUGACCCGGCCGUCUACGCGCAGAAGCAGAUAGGCGACCUUGCCGACUGGCCACCCGACGUCAAGAAGGCCUACAAAGAUUACAAGGCUGCGGUGGAUAGGCACCAUGUAGCCAAGGCCGCCUAUGAUGCUUACUUGGCGACUAAUCGCCAAGUCACGAACCCCGAGAGGCCCGAGAUGUUCCAGAGACGCGCAGAGCUCGCAAUUAAAUGGGGCAAGGCGGCCUGCAGAGGUCUUCUUAGCGCUCGGUCGCCAGGCCCCCGGCAAUGA